GGAGGGAGGAUUGAGCUCUGUUUCUAUGACGACCAAAGGACGCUUUUUGAUGAGACUUGGAUUACGACAAGUAAUUUGGUGUCGGUUGCAAUGGAUCCCCCAGAAUCCAUUGAUUUCCAGGAGUUGGAGCGAGAGCUCGCUGUCGCGGUGGCCGCUGAUGAAAAGUACAAGAGAGAAAAUGACGCCAAGUUUAGAGCCAUUCAUCAGAAAGUUUCAUCUUAUGAGGAAUUCAGAGACCUUGUUUUGGCCGCUAACCUCAAACCUUUGGAGAAGAAGGACAAGAUUGGAACUGAAAGGAAGCAGCCAUGGAACCCGGCUGCCACAGUUAGUGGACCCACCAAGGAGUCAGACUGUAGCGUAUCGCAGGCAUCUGAGGCAGAGCCCAAAAAUGCCUUUGAAUUUACCCGUGAGUGGCGCCGAUGGGGAAUGGAUAAAAGGUAUGAUUUCCUUCUGCAACUUGGAGCGGAGAAGCUGUCCCAACUCUUCCCGGCAGAAAUCUGUUCCGGGCUUCUGGGAGAGUUCAUCACAUCGCUGGAGGAGAAGUUCCAGAGCGUUCACCAGGCAGAGGUCCUGAAGAUUCUGCAAAGCCUAACGAAAACGAAACGUUUUGACCUCAACCUUAUCUUCCUCAGCAGGAGUGAGAAAGAAAGCUGCAAAAAGCUAUUCAUAAGGCUGAUGGAAGUUCAUGAAAUGAACCAUGAAGACGCGAUGUCUGAAAGGGACAAACUGUUUACAAAUGUAAUGGCACUUUACAAAGUCAGCGAUCCAAGGCAUUGACCCUUCUCGUAGAGAACAUUUUACUGCUCCCAUGCACGUACCCCUUCAGGACUUAAUCAGAGCGGUCUGUUUUAUCGUAAAGCUGAAUAUGAUCACUAUUGAAUGCUUCUGUUUGCUUUUAUAGUAUUAAGAAUGUAUCUAAACAAACAGUAAUAACAAAUAAAACAAAA